AGAUCUUAAAGCCGUAAUAAGGUCGUAGCCGGACGUUGGUGUAGUGGGGUCUGACACUUUAUAAUACAGUCUGCUCCACCUGCUCCAGAAUAUACAGGGAUAUUAUACGUUUUAUUGGACGGAUUUCACAAUGAACGUGGUGUCCUGUGCCCGCUGCGGGUAUGGCGUCUACCCGGCCGAGAAGAUUAGCUGUAUAGAUCAGACCUGGCACAAGGCUUGUUUCCACUGUGAAGUCUGCAAGAUGAUCCUGACCGUCAACAACUUCGUCAGUCACCAGAAGAGACCAUAUUGCCAGGCGCACAAUCCUAAAAAUAACACAUUUACAAGUGUCUACGAGACGCCGGUCAAUAUCCACGUGAAGAAACAGUCUGAGACGUUCAGCGAGAUUAAGUACCGAGAGGAAGGAGAACGAUACAAGUCUGUUUUCCAUUGGGACAUGAAAGGCACCGAGAACGAUCUGCACUACAAGACGGAUCAUGUGACGCAGGAGAAUGAAUAUGAAGGGGGUAAAUCGUGGCUGUCUAAUGUGGACCCGGACAUGGUUCGCAUCGAGCAAGCGCAGAAGAGGAGCGAUAACGUACAAUACACAGAGGACUAUGAGCAGCAGAUCAGGAAAGGAAGCUACCCGGCCAUGAUCACCCCGGCGUACCAGACCGCCAGGAAGGCAGCGCAGCUGGCCAGCAGUGUGGAAUACAAGCGCGGGCACGAUGAGCGGGUAUCCCAGUACACCAGUGUGGUGGACACUAAGGACAUUCUACAUGCCAGGUCCGGGGGGCAGCACCGCAGUGAUAUAAAAUACACAGAGGACUACGAGGAGCAGAGAGGAAAGGGCAGCUUCCCAGCGCUGAUCACUCCCGGCUACCAGAUUGCCAAGAAGGCCAACGAGCUGGCCAGUGAUGUGAGAUACCACCAGCGAUAUCAGAAGGAGAUGAAGGGGAAGACCUCCGCAGCAGAUGUCACCUCCAGUACGGACCACCUGAGCCAGGAAUAUGAUGAGGAUCUGGAGGAGUACAGAGGAAAGGGCAGCUUCCCAGCAAUGAUCACCCCGGCGUAUCUCAGUGCCAAGAAAGCCAAUGAUAUUGCCAGCGAUAUUAAAUAUAAAAAGGACCUGUCCAAGAUGAGGGGCGCUGCCCACUACCACUCUCUGGCCGCACAGGACAACUUGACCCUGAAACAAGCGCAAAAUGUGAACAAACUCGUCAGUGAGGUGGGAUAUAAGAAGGACAUGGAGAGCAGCAAAGGACACAGCAUCAACUACUGUGAGACGCCCCAAUUCAAGAACGUCAACAAGAUCUCCAAAUUCACCAGUGAUCUUAAAUACAAAGAAAAGUAUCAGACGCAGAUGAAGGGACAUUAUGAAGGCGUUGGGAUGGACCGCCGCACAUUACACGCCAUGAAAGCCGGGACCCUCGCCAGUAAUCUCAGCUACAAAUCUGACAAGACUGACAGCGCCGACGGGGAAUAUUGUUACCCAGCAACACUGGCGCCAUCUUACCAGACCACCAAGAAGCUGGUCCCGCUAAAAGAUGCAAAUUACCGGCAGAGCAUCGACAAGAUGAAGUUCAGUUCGAUCACUGACACCCCGGAGAUCGUCCUGGCACGGGCGAACGCGCAGCAGCUGAGCGAUCUAAAUUACAGAGCAGAUUAUGAGAAAUCCAAGACCCAUUACACCCUGCAUCAAGACCUCCCGGAGAUGGUGAAGGCCAAGGCCAAUGCUGAGCUCUACAGCGAGAACAAAUACAAGGAGGAAUGGAUGAAGACCAAAGGACAAAACUUUGAGAUGAGCCUGGACAACCUGUCCAUGAUGUCUGCGAAAGCUUCAGGGGACCUCGCAAGUGAUAUUAAAUAUAGAGAAGAAUAUGAAAAAAGUAAAGGAAAAGCAGCAGCGACAAGUGACUCUCGGCUCCUCCAUUCUCUGCAAGUUGGAAAGCUGAAUAGUGAGAUCAACUACAAGAAAGAUUUUGAGGAGUCAAAGACACAUUUCCUUAUACCGAUGGAUAUGGUGAACAUCACGCACGCCAAGCAGGCGCAGGCCCUGGCCAGUGACCUGGAUUACCGCCAGAAGCUCCAUGAAUACACCAUGCUGCCCGAGGACAUGAAGGUGCAGUGGGCCAAGAAAGCCUAUGACCUACAGAGCGAGAAUCAGUACAAGUCAGAUCUGUCGUGGAUGAAGGGAGUGGGAUGGAUGGCAGAGGGAAGCUUGAACGUGGAGCAGGCGAAGAAAGCCGGGGAUCUGGUCAGCGAGAAAAAGUAUCGUCAGAAAGCAGACACUUUGAAGUUCACCAGCGUGACCGACAGCCCGCAGAUCAGACAGGCCAAGAAGAGUCAGGAGAUGCAGAGCGAUAUUGCGUAUAAAUCUGGCACAGAGGAUCUCCGCCACCAUUACACUAUUCACAACGACGACCCCGUCUUCCAACAAGCCAGGAUCAACGCUGCCAACCUGAGCGAGAAACGAUAUAAAAGCAGCUGGGAGAAUCAGAAGGACAAGGGGUUUGAGCUGCGCUUGGAUUCGCUGUCUAUCCUCACCGCCAAAGCCAAACGUGACCUCGCUAGUGAUAUCAAAUAUAAGGAGGGCUACGAGAAGACGAAGGGUAAGAUGAUCGGGGUCCAGCGGGCAGAAGAGGACUCCCGGAUGUCCCACUCUCUCCAGAUGACCAAGAUGCAGAGCAAUCUGGAGUACAAGAAAGCUUCUGAGGACACCAAGACGCGCUACCGCACGUCCAUGGACAUGUUAGACAUGGCGCACGCCACCAUGGCCCAAGCCUUGGCCACCGAACGCGGUUACAGGACCAUUCUGCACCGAUACAGCGCCCUGCCUACUGACAUGAAGGUUCAAUGGGCGAAGAAGGCCUAUGACCUACAGAGUGACAACCGGUAUAAAUCGGACCUGAAGUGGAUGAGGGGGGUCGGCUGGAUCACUGAAGGAUCCCUUGAUGUUGUGCAAGCGAAGAAAGCCGGCGAGCUGAUCAGUGAGAAAUCGUACAGGCAGCUGCCAUCAGCGUUCAGCUUCACCAGUAUCCAGGAUACGCCGGAGAUGAUUCAGGCCAAGAUUAGCUACAACCAGGCCGUGGAUAGUAAAUAUAAAGAGCAGGGGGAGAAUAUAAAGCACCGGUAUACAUCCACCGCCGAGCUGCCCGAGCUCCUCCAGGCCAAACUCAAUGCCAUGAACAUCAGUGAGACGCGAUACAAGGAGUCCUGGAGCCAACUGCGCGAUGGCGGCUACAAGCUGAAACUGGAUGCCAUCCUAUUCCAGGCCGCGAAGGCGUCAGGGGAGAUCAUCAGUGAUCAUAAAUAUAAGGAGGAGUUUGAAAAAUCUAAAGGUAAAAUGAUCGGACUGCGCCGCCUGGAGGACGACCUGAACCUGUCGCAUUCCGUGCACGCCUCGUCCCUGUCCAGUGAGGUCCAGUACAAGAAAGGCUUCGAGCAGAGCAAAUCUCGCUUCCGCCUGCCCAUGGAUAUGGUGAACUUGGUCCACGCCCGGAAAGCGCAGGCAUUGGUCAGCGACCAGGACUACAGGCAUUUGCUUCACCACUACACGGCGCUGUCUGACGACCUCCGAAUGAGCACGGCCAAGAAGGCGUACCAGCUGCAAAGCGAGAAUCUGUACCGAUCGGAUCUGAACUUUAUGCGAGGUGUCGGCUGCAUCACUCCCGGAGCCCUGGACAUCGAGGAGCGGAAGAGAGCGACAAACCUGAUCAGCGAGAGCAAAUACCGCCAGCAGCCGCACCAGCUGAAGUAUACCACCGUGGCCGACUCCCUGGACGUCCUGCACGCCAAAUUCAGCAACAAAAUAACCAAUGAGCGUCUGUACAAGGCGGCCAGCGAGGACGUCCUGCACCACUACACCACCGUGCUGGACCUGCCAGAGCACAUCCGGGCCAAGCUCAACGCAGCUAACAUCAGUGAUAUAAAGUACAGGGAGUCGUGGCUGAACACUCGCGCUCACGGGCACAAGCUCACCAUGGACGCGCUUCAGUUCCAGACGGCAAAGUCCUCGGGGUCUAUAGCCAGUGAUUAUCAGUACAGACACGAUUUUGUGGCAGAGAGGGGGAAGCACAUUGGGGCGCGCAGCAUCCUAGACGACCCCCGGAUCCUGCACUGCCUGCGCGUCGCCAAGUUACAAAGCGAAAAGGAAUAUAAGAAGGAUUCCAGAGACCUCCACUCACAGUACCAUCUCUCCAGCGACACGGUGGACCUGGUGCACGCCAAGAGGGCGCAGGAGCUCGUCAGCGACCAGGACUACAGGGUUCUACUCCACCACUACACCACCGAACCGGAAGACCUGAGGCUGCAAUGGGCAAAGCAAGCGCAUCUGCUGCAGAGUGAGUCACGGUACAAAUCCGACCUAAACUUCCUGAGAGGAGUGGGAUGGGAGGCAGCGGGAUCGCCACAUAUACAGAGCGCCAAGAAGGCCAGAGAGCUGAUCAGUGAGACCAAGUAUCGUCAGAACCCCGGAUCUAUGUCUUUUACUUCAGUUACUGACUCCCCCAGCCUGCUGCAUGCCAAGAACAGUUAUCAGCAGUGCAGUGAGAGAUUGUAUAAAUCAGGGGAUCAGGAGUCGAUGCACAGAUACACGUUACCUCCAGAUCAUCCAGACUUCAUUCGCGCUCGAAUCAACGCAUCUCAAAUUAGUGACAAAGCCUACCGGACCCUGUGGGAUCAGUCCUGUGCGGGGGGCUAUGACUUGCGCCUGGACGCCAUUCCUUUCCAAACCGCCAAGGCAUCCAGAGAGAUCGCCAGUGACUUCCGCUACAAAGAAGCCUUCGUGAGGGACAGGGGUCAUCAGAUCGGCUUUCGCAGCGUCAGCGACGACCCCAAAACGCAACACGUCCUGAGGGUCAGCAAACUGCAGAGCGACCGAGAAUACAAGAAAGACGCCGGAGAGACCAGGUCCAUGGGGCGGACCCGUCUGGAUCAGCAGGGAUUCGUCCAGGCCAAGAAGAGCCAGCAGCUGGCCAGCAACCUCAACUACCGCCAACCCCUGCACCAAUACACGUGUGACCCCGAGCAGCUGACCCUGAAACACGCCAAACAGGCGCACGGACUACAGAGCGAUGUGAAAUACAAAUCGGACCUGAACUGGAUGAGAGGAGUGGGGUGGACUCCUCCGGGGUACUUCAAGGUAGAACUGGCCCGUCGGGCUGCAGAACUGAGAAAUGCAGAGGACGGGGAGGGAGAGUAUGCAGAGGGUGAAGAUGCGGAAUCUUUGAGUAACAUAAACCGAGACGCCUCCGAGAUUCUUCAUGUUAAACGAAGAAAAACUCUUCCUAUGAAGAAAUAAGGGGGUAAACUAUUUGGUGACAUCACUGGACGCCUCCUUCUGCUUUCGUAUUUCCCGCACUAUGAAGAUGUUGCUCUUAUUAUUUAUUCUCCCCGAUGAUGAUGCUGCUGUGCUGCCCCUCACCUCUAGGGGGCAGUUGUCUACUAUAGUGAUGAAUGGGGAAGACUUCACGAUCACUCAUCCCAGCCAUGCCUUAAAGUGUUUGUUAUGAAGCUGCGAUGAAUCGCGACUCCAUGAUGCCGGGCGCAGCGGGGCCCCGUGCCGCGUGUCGUGGUGUAGUACUCUAGGACUGGCAGGAUCAGUUUCAAUACCAAGAAUUUAAGAUAAAGAUUUGUAGAAUUUUGAUUUGUUUGUUACAAAAUAAAUGUAUUUAAUGCAGAAAAUGUGUCAGUCUUUAGGACCUUUCGCCACAUAUGGGAAUAGCAAAACUAUAACUCCCAGCAUGCCCUGACAUCCUGUGCAUAGUGGGAGUUGUAGCUCUUACAGCAGAUUGAGAGCCACAGGUUAGAGAACUUUGCUCUAGGGCAU